AUGAGCAUGAACAAAGGCAAUGAAAAGGCACCUAUCGACUUCAACUUCUUAGGCAACAAAGAUAAGAAUUUAGACAUUAGAGUUGAGGCCGUAGCCAACAUUUCGGCUAUGUCAUUACAGCAUGCGUAUAAUAGUGUCCAGUUAACCGACAGUCUUAAUAAUAAUAAUAAUUCUUUAAAGAAUCAGAUUCCAUCCAAAGGAAGUCAACCAUACAAAAAGCCGACAACGGCCAGUAUAGAUCCGAAGACGGCAAAAGUGCGUGGACUAGUUGAUGACGUGGAUGCACCAGAGACUAAGAGAAAAUUGAUUGAAUUAUUCAUAAGUUAUGGGGGUACUAUUUACCUAUCGGAUAUACCGAUGCAGUAUCUAAAGUAUUUUGGAAGGGCCUUGAGGUACAAUACCAAAUUAACGUCUCCAGUCGCUCUAGCCAAAAUGCAAAAAAAGGAAGAAGAGCUUAAUCAAUCUGUUCAACUACAAAAUACUUCUCGACAGCGACUUGAACGUGAUAAUCAUCGUAAUAAUGAUGUCAUAAUGCGGAGCGAACUAGAUAACGAGCAGAAAGUGAAGGAAAGAUCUCGCAUAGAAUAUUGGAAUCCAAGAGGCCAUUUGAGCCCACUACAGCUUGCUGUCUUGGAAUACGUUUUCUGCUUUAGGGAUACUGUUGGUGGAAGGAGAGCGGGACUAAGUCAGAGAUUCGGCUAA